AAAAGCAAAGCCGCCAAUUAUGUCCGGUGCUUCAUACAACCGCUGUCCACCCCAUCUCCAGCCCUUCGCCGCCGGCCCUUUUCCCUCAAACACCGUCCACCGUCACCAGCCACCACCACCACCUCCUCCUGCCGCCGCCGAUGUUCCUCAAACACCGGAUCAGCUUCAAGAAAUCAUGAGGCGGCGUCUACACGCCCAUAUGGUGCCGGUGGUUCUUAUCCCCGUCGAUCGUCCUGGUUUUAUCCCGAAUUACCCCAGAUUUGAUCCAUCUUCUUUAUCACACCAGAUUGAAGAUGAUUAUUACCAAGACAGUUUCUUUUUCGAUGAAAACGACGAAAACCUAAUACGAUUUUUGGAAGAAGAAGAAGGUGGUGGUAAUAACAUGACUUUCGGUGAUAAUAACAGUGCUGAGCUGUCGGAGGGAACAAUUGUCGCUGAGCUGUCGGAGGAAACGAUUGUCAAGAAUCUGAGAACGAGGGCUUCCGUGGAAAUCGAUGCCGUAGAUUAUGAACAAGAAGUGUGUGCUGUUUGCCUCGACGGUUUGUUUGGAGAAACCGAAAAGGUUAUCGCAACCCUCGGAUGUGGCCAUGUUUAUCAUGUCGAGUGCAUCAAGAAUUGGCUUUUGAGGAAGAACGAGUGCCCCAUGUGCAAAUCCAAGGCCCUCGUUUUCGAUUAAUUCAAUAAAUUAUUAUUUUUAUUUUUAUUUUCGAGUUUCUUGAUUUGUGGAUUUUUGUUGUGUGCCGAUUUGUAUGAAUUAAUUGUAUGGAAGUUCAGACAAUCAAGAUUUAUUGUUGUUGUUGGUCUUUGUUUAAUUUGUUCUAUUGUUAUCUGACUUGUAUUUUUUU